AUGAUUGAUACUGAUUGUGACUCGGACAGACUAACGUCCAUCCACCCACUGGACGGAUUUCAUGCCUUAGACAUCCACGGGACACUUACUACCUCACACAGAACGUCCAUCCACCCACUGGACGGAUUUCAUGCCUUAGACAUCCACGGGGCACUUACUACCUCACACAGAACGUCCAUCCACCCACUGGACGGAUUUCAUGCCUUAGACAUCCACGGGGCACUUACUACCUCACACAGAACGUCCAUCCACCCACUCGACGGAUUUCAUGCCUUAGACAUCCACGGGACACUUACUACCUCACACAGAACGUCCAUCCACCCACUGGACGGAUUUCAUGCCUUAGACAUCCACGGGGCACUUACUACCUCACACAGAACGUCCAUCCACCCACUGGACGGAUUUCAUGCCUUAGACAUCCACGGGGCACUUACUACCUCACACAGAACGUCCAUCCACCCACUGGACGGAUUUCAUGCCUUAGACAUCCACGGGGCACUUACUACCUCACACAGAACGUCCAUCCACCCACUCGACGGAUUUCAUGCCUUAGACAUCCACGGGGCACUUACUACCUCACACAGAACGUCCAUCCACCCACUGGACGGAUUUCAUGCCUUAGACAUCCACGGGGCACUUACUACCUCACACAGAACGUCCAUCCACCCACUGGACGGAUUUCAUGCCUUAGACAUCCACGGGGCACUUACUACCUCACACAGAACGUCCAUCCACCCACUGGACGGAUUUCAUGCCUUAGACAUCCACGGGGCACUUACUACCUCACACACAGAACGUCCAUCCACCCACUGGACGGAUUUCAUGCCUUAG